CGGGCCACUGACACAUCCCCCUCUUCUCCUCUCCGGGGCGAUGAAGGGGGACUUUUCGGAGUUAAGCUGGAAAAGUCCGGCGGGAUCUUCUCCCCCCGCCUCCCGCGCAGCUCCUUGAAAAGUGGGAGGAAUCCCUUCGUUCCCUCCCCAAAGACCCCACCGUGGAGACGGGGCUUGGCUGGGAUCUGUGUACACAUUCCUCUUUUUUUGUUGUCGUUCCCCCCUCCAAGAGGCGGAUAUAUCUAUACUUCUAUAUGGUUGGUGGGGUGUUUUUUUUUGUUCGUCUUAAAAGGGAGAGGCUUUGCUUUCUUCGGUGCAUGUGGAAACUGUUCCCCGCUCUUCUUUUCUCCGCGCUCCCAAUAUAUAUUUUUUAAAAUUUUAUUUUGAUGCGUCGUCCCCCCUCCAAUGUGGACUCCGGCGAAUCUGUGCUUUCUUUGUAAUUGGGAAAUGAAAUAAUGGCGACCCGCCGGGCAGCGGGGCCACCCGGGGGAGAUGGAGACACCCAGCCGCCCGAAGUCGCCAGGAGCUGUAGCCAGGUGUCCAAAAAUAAAGAUGGAAAAGAACAAAGUGAAGCUGUAUCCUUGUCAGAGGAUGAAGAAACGUUUUCCUGGCCUGGUCCCAAAACGGUAGUUUUGCAAAGAACAUCACAGGGUUUUGGCUUCACCUUAAGACAUUUCAUUGUUUACCCCCCAGAGUCUGCUGUUCAGUUUACGUUUAAGGAUGAAGAGAAUGGAAAUAAAACGGGGAAGCCACGAAACAGAUUGGAGCCAAUGGAUACCAUAUUUGUUAAGCAGGUUAAAGAAGGAGGGCCUGCUUUUGAAGCAGGAUUAUGCACAGGUGACAGAAUUAUAAAAGUGAAUGGGGAAAGUGUUAUAGGGAAGACAUAUUCUCAAGUAAUUGCUUUAAUUCAAAACACUGACAGCAUGCUAGAACUUAGUGUGAUGCCAAAAGAUGAAGAUAUUCUUCAGCUGCUGCAGUUUUCAAAGGAUGUCACAGCACUGGCAUAUUCCCAAGAUGCCUACCUGAAAGGCAAUGAAGCUUACAGUGGUAAUGCCCGCAACAUACCUGAACCACCACCAAUAUGUUAUCCUCGGUUAGCAUCUCCACCUUCUGUCAAGGCACAAGAUAUUGAGAAAGCACCUCCUGACUCUUCACUUGGUAAGCAGCCAGCUAGUAGAUCUGUACGGACAUCAGCACAACCAGAAAAGGCCUACAGAAUGGAAAUACAAGUGCCUCCAUCCCCAACAGAUAUUGCAAAAUCUAACACAGCUGUCUGUGUUUGCAACAACGAAACUGUAAGAACUGUUGUUGUGCCUUCUGAGAAGGCUGUAGACUUGUCAUCCUGUAGAAUAAAUCAUACUGGUCCAUCACAUCGGAUAGAGGAAGUAAGAUAUGGUCUUAAGGAACAAACCACUAUAAAAACAAAAGCACGAACCACAUCACCACCUUCUCCAAUGCCCACUGCCAUUGUACUUCCUCAGACGCCACUCACAAGGCCAGUAGAUCCCAAUGGAAUAGCUAGCAAGUCUGGAAGCUAUGGAGGGCAUCCAGAAGGGAUCUCAAAUACUAGAUCUCCUACUCAAAGUGCAGGUUCUCCCUCUGUCACUACCAAUCACUACACGUCUCCAAAUGCCCACCAAACCAUAGACUGGAAAAAUUACAAAACCUACAAAGAGUACAUUGAUAACAGACGUUUGCACAUGUAUGGCUGCAGAACCAUACAGGAAAGGUUAGAUAGUUUAAGAGCAGCAUCUCAGAACACAACAGAUUAUAAUCAAGUGGUACCAAAUCGCAGUGUUUCACAGGUACGACGCAGAAGCACCUCUCAUGAUAGGGUCCCACAGUCCAUUCAGAUACGGCAAAGGAGUGUGUCCCAGGAAAGACUUGAAGAUCCUAUUUUGUUGAAGGAGUGGCCAAGGAGUGCCUCUCAAGAUGCUCUAACCUCACCAUCUAUCAGCCCCCGGAAUCACAGGACACAGUCUUGGGACUAUUUAGGAAAGCAGGGUGAAGCAUUAGAAAAUUUUCACACUGAGAAUCUUGUUGCAGAUUCAAACAGAGACAGAAAAAAGACUAACAAGUGGACUGGCUUUACUGAGCAAGAUGAUCGGCGAGGUAUUUAUGAGAGACCCCGGCAGCAUGCAUUUCACUUGUCUCUUCGAGGUUCAAAUUUUUCUGUGGCUCCGGGUGCUUAUGGCUCAGAUGGUAGACGAAUAAACAGCAGAGCCUUAGGGUCAACCCCACAGUUUCAGAAGGCUCCACCUGAUGUAAAAUCACUGCAGACUGCCAGAGAUUUGCCAACCUCUGGUGGAACUUCAAAGCCUACAACCGUUUUUCAGGAAAGAUCAUCUCACUCAAUAGCUAGAAGCACAAGAAGCAACUCAUUGAAGACUUCUGUACCCUAUGCAGCAAAACCGUCGCUUUCCCUUAAUCAGAGCCUGGAUAGUGUUACUACCACAGACCAAAGAGAACUGAAUCAUGUGUACAACAGUGGUUUGUUGAAUCAACAAUCAAGGAUACAAGCAAAAAGUGUGCCAGGCCACAAAACAGAAAUAGACACGAGUACUCUAUCCCCUACUACCUGUUUAGCUUCUGCCAAAUUUGUCCCACAGAUGAGUGAGCAUUUAACUACCUCUGUUAACUUGGAUGUCUCUAUUAGACAGAAGGUUCAAGAGUUUGAAAAGGAAAAUAUAAAAGAACCCGAGGGCCAGUCAAGGGAUGUUGUAGAUGAGGAUACAGAAGCAGUUGUCUUGCGAGAAAAGUCUCCUUCUGGCCAUCAGACACCACAGCCUUUGCGGCAUCAGUCCUACAUCUUAGCGGUAAAUGAUCAAGAGCCAGCCCCGGAGACUACUUGUUGGUUGCCCAACGAUGCACGUCGAGAGGUCCAUAUAAAAAUAAUAGAAGAAAAGAAAGCUUCCAGCGCCAGCACACCUGGUGAUUCCUUGGCAUGCAUUCCAUUCAUAGAUGAGCCAGCUAGUCCCAGUACUGACCAUGAUAUCGCCCACAUUCCGGCUUCUGCUGUUAUUUCAGCAUCUGCCUCACGAGCUCCCACCAUUGCUACAGUUCCUCCUAGCCCUACCUCUCUUGUCCCUUUUCGGCGCCAACUAUCCCAUGACCAUGAAUCUAUCAGGACUAGUGUUCUGGAUGGUCAGUUCCCUGCAAAAAGUGAAAGGUCCAAAUCUUACGAUGAAGGACUGGAUGACUAUCGAGAAGGAAAAAUGUCCAUAAAGCAUGUAUCUAGCUUAAAGGGAAUUAAGGCCCCAGACAGCCAAACAUCUUCAGAAAACUCAGGGUCCAGAAAAGCUUCUUCUUCAGAGGUCAUCGGUGAUGUCUCCAAGGAAGGAUGCCUUCAUUUUCGACAGCUAGGCACAGAGAAGGGAAAGAGAGUCAGUGGGAGCAUCCGGCCAUGGAAACAGAUGCAUGUGGUCCUGAAAGGUUGCUCGUUAUACUUGUACAAGGAUAAGAAAGAUCAAACUCUGUCCUCUGAGGAGGUGCAGCCCAUCAGCAUCAAUGCUUGUUUGAUAGACAUUUCGUACAGCGAUACGAAAAGGAAGCAUGUAUUUCGGCUCACCACGUCAGAUUGCGAAUACCUGUUUCAGGCUGAAGACAGAGAUGACAUGCUAGCAUGGAUUAAGGCUAUACAAGAAAAUGGCAACUUAAAUGAUGAGAAUGCAGGGGUCACAAGCGGGGACCUAAUUAGGGGGAGAAUUAAAGAAUACAACACAAUGAUGAGUGCUUCGAGCGGCAAAACUGAGCCAUCUCCCAAAACACCUCGUCAGACCCUGAGUAUAAGGCAGACACUUCUUGGUUCUAAAACUGAGCAAAGAACUCAGAGUCCUCAUUCUCCCAAGGAAGAAUCGGAAAGGAAAUUCCUUGCUAAAGGUGAUACGAGCCCACCAAAAGGUACAUGGCGAAACAUUCCCAGUAUCAUGAGAAAAACCUUUGAGAAGAAGCCAUCUGCUGCUGGGACUUUUGGGGUCAGGCUAGAUGACUGUCCCCCUGCUCAGAGCAACAAGUAUAUUCCACUAAUAGUUGAUAUAUGCUGCAAACUUGUUGAAGAAAGAGGCCUUGAGUAUACCGGUAUUUAUAGGGUUCCUGGAAAUAAUGCUGCUAUCUCAAGCAUGCAAGAAGAGCUCAACAAAGGGAUGACUGACAUUGACGUUCAAGAUGAUAAAUGGAGAGACUUGAAUGUCAUAAGUAGUUUACUGAAAUCCUUCUUCAGAAAACUUCCAGAACCUCUCUUCACUAAUGACAAAUAUGCAGAUUUCAUAGAUGCCAAUAGAAAAGUAGAUCCUGUGGAACGACUAAAAACACUAAAAAGGCUGAUCCGUGAUUUACCUGAACACCAUUAUGAAACACUCAAAUUUCUCUCUGCACAUUUGAAAACGGUAGCAGAAAACUCGGAGAAGAACAAGAUGGAACCAAGAAACCUGGCGAUAGUAUUUGGUCCAACUCUUGUGAGAUCAUCUGAAGACAACAUGACACACAUGGUUACCCACAUGCCAGAUCAAUACAAAAUUGUAGAAACACUCAUCCAAAAACAUGACUGGUUUUUCGCAGAAGAUGAUGCUGAAGAGCCCCUUACAGCAGUUCAGGAGGAAAACACAGUAGAAUCUCAGCCAGUGCCAAACAUAGAUCAUUUACUCACCAACAUUGGAAGGACGGGAGUAUCUCCUGGAGACGUAUCAGAUUCAGCUACUAGUGACUCUGCAAAAUCUAAGGGUUCUUGGGGAUCUGGAAAGGAUCAGUAUAGCAGAGAACUGCUUAAGUCCUCCAUCUUUGCAGCAGCUAGUCGCAAGCGGAAAAAAACAAAAGAGAAACCGCAGCCCAGCAGCUCCGAAGAUGAGUUAGAUAAUGUGUUUUUCAAGAGGGAGCAAGGGGAGCACUUUGGCGGCAGUUCUGCAAAAGAUAACCCACCUAAAGAGGAACCGGAAAAGGAAAUGGCAGGGAGAAAUGCGAGAACGGUAGCUCCAAAGGAAAAAGAGAGCAGUGUUAAGAAGCCUUCUGUGGCAGCCAAGGGGGAGGCUGCGUUGCCAAGGAAAGAGUGUGGGCCCUCGGAAGACCCUUCAACACCUUACCACCAAAAAUAUAUGAGAUCGCCAAAUCUCAGCUUCCGGCUAAGUACCCAGAGAGAUUGUGCAAAACCACCUGUUUUUCAAGCCUCUUCUCAACUGGAAGAAACAGUCUCUGACUCAGGCACAAUGCUUAGCACUUCUUCACAGGCUUCUCUGCACAGAUUAUCCUGCAAAAAGUUGGCCAACCUUGAGAGUAAAUACAGUGAGUUUUUAGCAGCUGACGUCAGCUCCAUCACUUCUGAUUACUCCACAACUUCAUCUACCACAUACCUAGCUGGUUUAGAUUCCACUAUGCUAAGCCCUGAGGUGCAGUCAGUUGCGGAGAGUAAAGGAGAGGAGGCUGACGAUGAGAGAAGUGAACUGGUCAGUGAAGGUCGCCCUGUGGAAUCGGACAGCGAGAGCGACUUCCCCAUUUUUGCCACGAGCUCUGCAGUGGAAAGGCUGUUCAGGGGGAAGGCGCAAGACGUGCCAAAGGGCAGCCGGAGGAACUCUGAAGAAAGCGAAGUAUGUUGCACAGAGGGAAGUUCAACGCCCAAGUUGGACAACCGCAGACUGUUUAGCUCACACAAACUUAUUGAAUGUGAUACGCUAUCCCGGAAGAAAUCAGCCCGGCACAAGACGGACAGUGAAGGCUCCGGAGAUGGCAAGUGUGAGAAGGAGUCGCCAGCGGUGACCAAAAUGUUUGACAUCAUGAAGAAAGGAAAGUCAACCAGCAGCUUAGCUGCGUCGGCUAGAAGUGAGCCUGAAAAGCAGGAGCCCACAUGGAGACUCAAGAUUACAGACAGGUUAAAACUGCGGCUCAAGUCGUCCGCAGAUGAUAUGUUUGGAGUAGGCAGUCAGAAAUCUAACUCUGCAGAGACCGCCAAGAGAAAGAACAUCAGGCGAAGGCACACUUUGGGAGGCCAGAGAGAUUUUGCUGAAAUAAGUGUUCUGAAUUCUUGGAAAGUCCACGAGAAAAAUCCCAAUAGGGAGAAAGAUGCUUCAGCCGUAAACCGGCUGAAGCCCAAAUGCCCAGCACAGGACCUCUCCAUUUCAGACUGGCUUGCUCGAGAGCGUCUACGCACUAGCACAACCGACCUUAGCGUGGGGGAAAGUGGAGAGCCCAAGCGGGAGAAGACUAGCAGAGUAGCAGAUUUGUCAAAGACAGACCUCUCUUCGUCUGCAGAGAUGUGGGCAGAGGAAGGUGGCUCUUCUUCUAGUAGUAGUUUGACACUGGUUCCUCGAACACCAGUGUCAGGAUCGCUACAGCCACUAGACCAUGUUAAUGGAGAAAGCUACCAGAAUAUGAACAAAAGCAACUUCAGCCCAGCAGUUGAUGCCCAUCCUCAUAAAUUAUCUGGGACCCAGGUGGUUAGAUCUCGAUUCUACCAGUAUCUUUGAAAUGGAGAGAGAAAUUCAGAUGUCCACUACAGCAAUUCAAUUAGCAGCUUCUCUUUUAACACUUUCCCAGUUUUUCUGUAUGUGUUUAUUUCCCCGUAUGAUGUUACUUUGCAGCUAUCAAAGGAGGUUUGUUUCAUCUAUAUGCGCUGUGGAAAAGGUCUUUAUGGUGCAUUAAUACAGCCAGAAUAUUGGGUGGGAGGGUAGAGUCUAAAAUAUAUAUAUAUAAAUAAAUAUAUAAAAAUAUAUAAAAAUAAAUUUAUUUUAAAUAAAAGUAUAUUUGAUUGCUGCAUACACAUGUGGAACAAAGCAUCUAAUGCAACAUGUUAUGUAAUGUGUACAUGUUUUUUAUGACUGACAACUGGCAUUAGUAUGCAGGAAAAAAUGUUCUUUUGGCUUUAGUCACUAACAAGUGCCUCAUCAAAAAAAAAAAAAAGUUCAUUUGGUUUGUUAGGGUGCCAUAAUAAUUGUUGAAUUAGAGGAUGUUAAUAUAAACAACAAAUGAAUACAUUGUACUGGUAAGACGUUUCAUGACAUUUUACAAAUUUUAACACAGGUGGGUACAGAGCUUCCAUUCCUUAGGCAUUCCAGUUGGAUUUCUGAGUUUUAUAUUCCAGUUUUAAUACAGUUUUUGAGUUUUAUGUGACUUGAAUUUUUAAUCUUUCUGUAAAAUAAAUAACUUAAAUGUAUAUACUCCAUGUGUAUCUUUUCCUCAGAUACCAGAUUUGAUAUAAAUGUUGUAACAUAGGCGUGUAGAUAGUGGAUCCUGGAUGGAACUGGUUUCUUUUAUUGAGAAUAUAAUUCUGCAUGAAGACUUUAAUGAAUCCAAAUCUGUAUCAUGCCUGUGUGCAUACCCGCUUAAAACACUGGAAAUAAAAUUGUUUUGAUGGUU